AGUAGUUGGGGGAGGGUGAAGGGAAAGGACGGUGGUGAUGCUCAAAUUGUUAAGAGCAGGGAGCGGCUUGGGUCGUUAGGGCAGACAAGAUUGGAGGCGGUGGUCCCGAGUGGAAAGGGGAUCGGGGGGUCAGAUGUUCCUGGAGAGGGAGAUGUAGGGAACCAACAUAAGGGACAGGGAUGGAUGUGGGAUGGGUGGCUCUGAGACUGGCCGACUGUAGCCUGGUGGUGUGGAUGCCGCAGGAUAUCACCAAGGAGUUGAAAAUUAAUCAAUGUGGUGAUGGGGCGAGGGACGAGAAAGGAUGUGGUACGGUACUUGUAAUGUUUUAUACCCCUUAGAUUAGCUGGAAGGGUCGAAGGCAUUUAAGUUGAUACAUGCAGAUAGAGACGGCGAGCGGUACCGUGUAGCCAGAAAAGACCAAGGCUCCGUGU